CUGGUAACCCAAGGGCCAAGACCUCCGAUAUAUAUUCAGAAAACCCUAGCCACCCGGCUUCUCUCCCUCGGUUAGGGUUUUCCUUGUCGCUCCUCGCUCCGAACCUCCCUCGAGAGCCCUCCACCGCACUCGCCGCCGCCGCGCCGCCGCCGCCAUGGGUCGCAUGCACAGUCGCGGAAAGGGUAUCUCCUCAUCGGCGUUGCCGUACAAGAGGACUCCUCCGAGCUGGCUCAAGAUCUCCUCGCAGGACGUGGAGGAGAACAUUUGCAAGUUUGCAAAGAAGGGACUGACGCCGUCGCAGAUUGGUGUUAUUCUUCGUGAUUCUCACGGUAUCGCCCAGGUGAAAAGUGUCACCGGGAGCAAGAUUCUCAGGAUUCUCAAGGCUCAUGGUAUUAUCUUUUUGUUUUGUUUGGGUUUCUGUAUUGUUGUUUUGUUUAAAGUUCUGAAUUUUAUUUGUAUGGGGUUGGCAGGCCUUGCACCAGAGAUUCCAGAGGAUUUGUACCAUUUGAUUAAGAAGGCGGUGGCGAUCAGGAAGCACCUGGAGAGGAACAGGAAGGACAAGGAUUCCAAGUUCAGGUUGAUUCUUGUGGAGAGCAGGAUCCACCGCCUGGCUCGUUACUACAAGAGGACCAAGAAGCUCCCUCCCGUCUGGAAAUAUGAAUCUACCACCGCCAGCACUCUUGUGGCUUAGGGUUUAAUUUCUGCAGCAGCCUUAUGGAUGCCUAUGCUUGUUAGAGGGAAAAAAAAUUGUCUUUGUUUUUGCCAAAAUAUGACAACUAUGCUCUAAAUUAUCUGACAUUCAGUUGUCAUUUUUGUUUUUAAUUGUGUUCUUUUUGGAUAAGUAAUGGUUGGAUAUUUAAUUAUUUUGGAGCGUCUUAUGCUUGC